AUGGUAAUUCAUUUUGGGUUUGGCGGUCUACGAUCUAAUCGACAUUUCUUAACGUUCAUGCUACGAAUUCGAUCUGAUGUUACGUUCGCCGGGUUACGGCAUCGUUCGUUCAAUACUUCGAAGCGAUUCUUGGGUCACGG